AUGGCAACAAGUUUAAAAACGCAAAGGGGGAAAGUGAUCGAGGACAAUAGAGUGAUCCAGCUUGUGAAAGAGUACGGACCGAAACGUUGGACUCUGAUCUCCAAGCAUCUCAAAGGACGAACAGGAAAACAGUGCCGGGAAAGGUGGCAUAAUCAUUUGAAUCCAAGUAUUAAAAAGUCGGCGUGGACAGAAGAAGAAGAUCAGCUGAUUUAUCAGUUGCACAGACGGCUUGGCAAUAGAUGGGCAGCGAUUGCUAAAUAUCUACCCGGAAGAACAGACAAUGCGAUUAAAAACCACUGGAACUCUACAAUGAAAAGGAAGUUCGAAGUAGAAGAGAACACGGAUCAUCGCUACUUCAACAACGGCCCAUCCCUGUACAGCCAGCCCAUUGUCCCCACCGGCUCAUUGAACUCCUUCAGUGUUCAGCCUGUGCAACUCUUUCAGAACCUGGUGAGGAGCAUUUGUGAGGGUAAAGGUCAAGGUUGCCUUGGGGAUUCCGAAUGA